GGAUAAUUCAAUUCAUGGAGCCAAUCAGAGUGCGUAAUUGGGAAGUUUUUCGGAUACGCCGAAUUCGAGCUCACACAAAGUGAUGAACGCGUUUGGUGGCGGGGCGUCUCAAGCGAAGCCACCGGAGAAGGGUUCGUUCCCUCUGGAUCACUAUGGGGAGUGCAAAGACCAGAUGAAGACGUUCUUGGCCUGUCUGAAGGGGGCGAAGAACAGCCACAUUGACUGCAAGCAUUUGUCGCAAGAGUACCUGCAGUGCCGCAUGGACAAGGGCCUCAUGCAACAGGAGAACUUGGACCUCCUUGGCUUUAACCCAGAGAGCUACGCGAAAGCUCGCGCCAAAGCCGCGCCAGUCGAAGGCCUCAAGGAGAAGGACGGGUUCAUUUCUGGAUUGCGCGCUAAAGCGGGUGGAAAGUAGAUAAACAUCGCCAUCAAUGCCUAUUGGCACUGCCAUGUAUGUGGUACAUACAGGUAGUCAUUUCUAACAUCACAUAGUAUACUAGUACACUUCACCUCCUCCUUCCCAACGCCAAGACACCUCCAACCAUUCGUGAAAUGUCUAAGAGUACACAUUGCAGCAACUGUUAACAUAGCCUGCAGGUUGGUCGAA